AUGAUGGCGCAUAAUGACACUGUUGUCGGAUUUCCGGUUUCGGGUCAAAUCGUUUGGUCUUUUUCCUUUUUUUCUUUUCGUUUCUUUUGCUUUUUCUUUGUCCGGGUUCCAAGAAAUCAGGGAGAGGGAAGCUCGGAAAGGCAGGAGAUAGGGAAAGAAGCACAUAGGUUCAACCAGCAACCUUGUCUUCCCCUUCCCUCCCUCCUCUUCCCAAACUGUCGCCCGACCACCCUCCCGUCAAAACCGUCCAAUGCAUGGAAAAUUCUCUCAUGCAUCAAGGAUGAUCCUGGGGAUGGGGCGCAAAACUGA